AUGUCUAAAACUGAUAUAGAGUGGCCCUCCAGGGAGGAGGGGCACAGCAUGGCACGGGCUGUGGUCCGAAGCAUGGGUGGCUUUACCCUGGGUUUGUCCUUGGCCACAGCCUAUGGGCUCCUGGAGCUUCUGGUGGAGGGACGCAGCCCCUAUGGCUGCCUGGUGACCACGGUCACUUUGGCUGCCUUCCUUAGUCUGGGCAUGGGGUUCUCACGCCAGGUCCGUGCUACUGUCUUCCUGCUGCUUCCACAGUCCUUCUCCAGGCAGGGCCGGAUGCUGCUGUUGGUGGCCGCCUUUGGGCUGGUGCUGCAAGGGCCUUGUGCCAACACCCUGCGCAAUUUCACCCGCGCCAGUGAAGCUGUGGCUUGUGGGGCAGAGCUGGCACUGAACCAGACUGCUGAAGUGCUGGAGCAAGCCAGGCAGCCCCUUGUCAGUGCUCUGACCAAGAUUAAAGCUAUUGCCCAAAGGGCCAAAGUGGUGGCUGACCGGGUACGCAGGUUCUUCCGGUCCAUCAUGGAUGGUGUGAAGCAUGUAGCCAGGUCCCUUCGGAAUGUGUGGUUUUGGUUCCUUCACAUCGGUGACGUGUGCAACUCAGAGCUGGGAAACCCAUACAUAAAAUGCGCUCGGGUGUUUGAUGAUGCCAAGGACAACUGUAUGAAGGUCGUGCCCCACGCCCAUCACCUGUGCUACGUGCUCAUGCCCUUUAAACUGGUGCUCUGUGGACUUGCCAGCUUGGUCCAGAUGUUCUGUGUCAUCCCCACCUACAUCCAAGUCUUCCUGCGAAAGACCAUCAGCAUCCCCGUGAUACAGCUGCUUGACCGGGUGCGCCGUGAGUUUGAAUUCAACAUGACAGCCACCCACUACUUCUCUGUGGACCUCAAUGCCUCUCGGAGCCUGUCCCAGGUGGCUUUGGACCUUCAGGAGGCCGUCAGCAUGAAGCUGCACAGGGCCAGGGAGGUCCUGGCCCUGAUGGGCUACACCACGCCUCUGCUCUUUGCGCUUCUCUACCUCCAAGCCGUGUGGUACCGGUACUGUUACCUGAAUUGGGACAAUUUUGACAACAUCUAUAUCACCAGCCGCUUCCUGCAGAUGGAGGCGGUGCGCUCUGUGGCAGGGAUGCCUACAGUGCUGCCACUCAGUUCUCAUGAGGCCAGACACUACAUCCAGCCAGGCUCCAUUUUUCUGUCCCGAUGGGAGCAGAUUUUUUGUAUAUUGGAGACCUUUGACUUUGCCCGCCAUCUUCUCCUCAUGCUACUCCUGGUCUUUCUGGACUAUGCUGUCUUCUGGGUACUUGACCUGGCCCGGCACCACCUCCAGGGAGAGAUUAUAGCUCGCAGCCCUGUGCUGGUGUCUAUAAAGGUGGAAGGGACGGGCUACUCAGGGAAUAUUUACCGUGACCUGGUGUCAGCUUUCGACAUUCUGCAACAAGGCAACAUCAGUAUAUUGUCCCGACGCUGCCUCCUGCAUCCCUCAGAACCAGAUGCCAACAGUUCCAUCGCUAUUGGUGUCAUGUACGGCCUGUGCUUCUUCCUCACUCUGUUUGGCAGCUAUGUCAGCAGGCUGCGGCGUGUCAUCUGUGCCUGCUAUUACCCCGGCAGGGAACAGGAAAGGAUCUCCUACCUCUACAACUUGCUUCUGAGUCACCGAACCAACAGGGUGGCUGUAGUACAACGAGCAGUGACCCGACGGGCAGCUGACCAGGGCCACAUGAGUGUCCUCCAGGUGCUAGCCAUCCGGUGCCCUUGCCUAAGUCCGUUGCUCAGCCCUCUUCUGGUGCAUCAGCCCUAUUGCUUGGGCUGUGGGAAGUCUGAAGAUAAAGAGGGCAUGGAGAACUUUGUGUCCUGCAGUACUCCAGGCUGCAAAGGGCUCUACUGUCCUACCUGUUUUCGUCUCCUGGACAACACCUGUUCUUUGUGUGCAUCUCCCCUCUCCAACCAGGGGCACCUGGAUCUGGAGCUGGACUCCAGUGACGAGGAGGGUCCUAAGCUAUGGCUGGCUGCAGCUCGCAAAAGGCCCCCUGAGCAGGAACAGAAACUUCAACAACAGCUCCAGGAAACACUGGAUAUGAGCCUCCCCGAUAAGUCCGGCUCAGAGUCCAGGUGA